CUGCCCGAGGUGGUCCACAUCCAGCUGGUGGAGAGCUCCGAGCCCAUGUGCCUCUUCAUCGCACCUUUCGAAACGUACAACUCCUGGGCCCUGGCGGUGACCCUGUCCACUACCAUCCUGGGCUUCCUGCUGCCCUUCCCCCUCAUCGCGGUCUUCAACGUGCUGCCCGCCUGCCGGCUUCGGCGGCCGGGGCAGCCCGAGGGCCGGCGCCACUGCCUGCUGGUGGGCGCCUAUGUGGCCGUCUUUCUCUUCUGCUGGCUGCCCUACCACGUGACCCUGCUGCUGCUCACCCUGCACGGGACCCACGUCUCCCUGCACUGC